AUGUCCGAAAAAGUGAAUGUGACCAGGACUGCGAUACCUGGAACACCAGUCGAUACUAUGGCUCUUCCCACCGUCAUUUGUGUAAGGCUGUCAGCGAAGCCCUUAGGAAGGAACAAAGUUAGACCACGUACGCCAAGUACACCGAGAAUAACGAGGAGACAAGGAAUGUCGCAGGACAAAAAGUUCCAGCUGCAAAGAGCAGAUAGUGUUAACGUGCUCACCAACAAUGGUAUGAUGGCUGUUGUCUUCGGAAUUCAUCAGUCCGACGCCAAAGAACCAGAAACUCGCGCCCCGCCACCCGAUGGUCCGACGGUGGGACCUCCAGCAAGACAAGCAUCUCCAUUUGCGCCUAUCAAAUAUAACGACCGCUUUUCACAGUCACAGGCCACACUUUUGACCCUCGCAAGAAUCUUGAAAGCAGUUGCACCAAUGCAGUGUCACUCCCUUGUCGGCUGGGAUGGAACAGGGUUGAAGCUCACGGUGGGUAUGGAUCCAUCCGGAAUUUCCGUCGGUACUCUUCCUGGAAAGGUUUCACAGCAUCAGAGAACCCGGCGAGAUGAAGAUGUGCGGUUGUCUGUCCAAUUCUAUUCGUGUACCUUUGGUGAACGCUGCGAGCGACGCGACAAAGCGGUCAUGGGUAUCAAGAGUGUCCGGAUCCUGGUGUGGGAAAGAGGACCAAGGAUAAAUGACAUUGGUCGGAAUCUGUCAGCCAUGAGAGAAGAACAUGAUAGUUUGAUAAGAGUCAAGGUUACGGGAUCACUUACAGAGAGAUUGCCUUCGCACUGGUUAUGUGGCCCCCCAUUUGCGCUUAGCCAGUGUGACGUGAUGUGGGAUAAGAGUCCCACAUCUCGAGCAAAGAAGCCCACUGAGUCAAGGUGACUAAAUCCCUCGUCAAAAACG